AUGUCGUCAUGUUGGGAUUGGUUCUUUGCCCAGCACUUGGAUUCAGCACGAGAAAUCGAAUGCCGUCAUGACAUCGGGAAUGGAGAGAAAGCUGAAUGCUGGAAAGACGGGGAAGGCGGGGAGAGGGAGCGGCGGACCUCCUCCUCAGCGGAGCCGGCCAACAGAGCUCAGCCGAGCUUUCCGAACAGAGAGAGUCCGGAAAAAAGCGAGGCACCUGUACAAAACAUCAUUGACACUAAUCAUGGUUCAGACACACCCAAGAAAUCGAGCGGUACUAAAAAAGGAAAGAGCAAAAGAGAGAAAACCAAAAAGGCUAAAGAGAGAACUAGGCGAAAUUCCCAGGCGAGCGCGCCGAAGGAUAGAGAUCCUUCCAGAAGCGGCAGCAACCCCCCCUCGCGCUCGCCGGCCCGCGAGCCCCCGGAUAAAGUCGAGCGGGAGCAAGUCAGCCCCGAGUCAGACUCUGUCAGCAACGACGACGACGACGAGGACAAGGAGCGCGGCGGAGGCGCCACGGACUCGCUCACCGAGCAGGGAAACGACACCGCGGAAGUGCCGGAAGGUGGUCCCGCCGAGCCGUUAACGGAGGACAAAGCUGACGUCGCCACUGCCACUUCUUCCACCAGCUCUUCCACCACCACCAGUACCACCACCACUCCCACUAAGAAAUCGUUAUCGGAUCCUCCUAAAGAUGAGCUCGCCGAGGCCUCCCGCGAAGGCCCUUCUUCGCUUAAGGACGCGAAAUCUCUAAAGGACUCGGAGCGGCUGCAGAAGGAACUUUCCGACGCCAGUCAAUAUCCACGAGACGCCCUCCUCUCUCGCUGGAUCGAGGCGAGGGCGGGGAGGUUCGGCGCCGCCCCAGCGUCGACCUCUAGCGCUCAGUCCCGUCCCUUCCUGACGCACAAACUCAAGCCUUCUCCCUUCCAGAAUCUCAUGGCAGCACAGGAGCUCCUGAAGACGCAGAAAGACAGUGAACGCGUGGCGGGGAAGGUUACGACAGAGACCUCUAGUGACUCCAACGAUUCAUCAUGCACUCCUGAAGGAGGAGGCCAAGAAGAUGAGGAGGAAAGAGAAACCAGCGACGACGGCUCGGAGAUCUCCGACGACGCCAACAAGACCGUCGGGUCGAACGACUGCUUCGCCGAUGACGACGACGAUGAUGACGACGACGACACCAGCAACGAGAUGCGCAUCGUUGAAGACGAGAGCGAACUGCGUGAGCUGGACCUCUCUCUACCCAGCAAGCACAGGUCGGAGGGAAGUAUGAAGGAGCUGCAGACCAAGAGUGAAGUGAAGAGCUUCGAUUUUUCGGUGCUUAAGUCGCCCAGAGCGAAGGAAUCGAAAGGUUCUUCAAAGGCCUCAUUAAGUCUGGAUGACCAAAAUGCCGCCGCCUGUCUGCUACAACUCAAGUCUUCCUCUACUCCACAAUCUCCAUAUGUUGUGAAAAUCCUCUCGCCUGAACCCGCCCACCAAUCCGGCUCCUCCACGCUCUCUGCCCAGCCUAUGAGGACGCCCUUCGCCACCAGAGCCCCGCCCCUCGAGGCUGCUCAGCCAAUCAUUCCGUCGCUUGGAUUGGGUGAGAGUCGGUUGGUCACUGUUAGUUCAAGGGGCAUGGUCGAGGGGCGUGGUCUGAGGCCCGUAGUCCCCCCGGGCCCAGAACAGGCUCAUCUCAGUUACUACACUGUUUGA